AUGCUCUCGACCCUUCGACCCGCGGCUGCUCGCUCGGCCCUGCGCCGGCAAGCAGCGACGACCGCUCAAGCAAUCCAGAUCGCAAAUGCUUCAACAUGGGCAAAUGUCAAGGAAGGUCCUCCUGAUGCCAUCUUGGGCAUCACCGAGGCCUUCAAGAAGGACAGCUUUCCGGAGAAGAUCAACCUGGGUGUUGGCGCAUAUCGCGAUGACAAAGGCAAGCCCUACGUCCUCCCCAGCGUGCGCACCGCCGAGCAGAAAGUCGUCUCUUCCUCCCUCGAUAAGGAAUACGCAGGCAUCACCGGCGUGCCCUCGUUCACCAAAGCCGCUGCGCUGCUCGCCUACGGCCCGAACUCAAAGCCAAUCCAGGAAGACCGCAUUGCCAUAACCCAGUCCAUCUCCGGAACCGGCGCGCUGAGAAUAGGUGGCGCCUUCCUCGAACGCUUCUACCCGGGCGCAAAGACAAUCUACAUUCCCACUCCGUCUUGGGCGAACCACAAGGCCGUCUUUUCCGACUCCGGGCUCGAGGUCAAGCAGUACCAAUACUACAACAAGGACACGAUCGGCCUGGACUUCGAGGGCAUGAUUGCGGAUCUGAGAUCUUUCCCCGAUGGCUCCAUCGUUCUGCUGCACGCCUGCGCACACAACCCCACAGGGAUCGACCCUACCCAGGAACAAUGGCAGCAGAUCGCCAAGGUCAUGAAGGAGAAGUCCCAUUACCCUUUCUUCGACAUGGCCUACCAGGGCUUCGCGAGCGGGGACACCAACCAGGACGCCUAUGCCGUGCGUCUGUUCAUCGAACAAGGCGUGGGUCUCUGUCUCUCACAAUCCUUUGCCAAGAACAUGGGUCUGUACGGCGAACGAGUCGGCGCGUUCAGCAUCGUGUGCGACAGCGCUGAAGAGAAGAAGCGAGUUGAGAGUCAGAUCAAGAUCCUUGUGCGUCCGUUGUAUUCCAACCCUCCGGUCCAUGGAGCGCGGAUCGCGAGUGAGAUUCUAAAUGAUGCGGGCUUAAACAAGCAGUGGCUUGGGGAGGUGAAGGGCAUGGCGGACCGGAUCAUUGAGAUGAGGGCGCUAUUGAAGAAGAAUCUCGAGGAGCUGGGAAGCAAACAUAACUGGGAUCACAUCACGAAUCAGAUUGGCAUGUUCGCGUACACAGGCCUGAAGCCGGAACAGAUGGAGACGCUCGCAAAAGAACACUCCGUGUACGCGACCAAGGACGGACGUAUUUCGGUGGCGGGCAUCACCACGGACAACGUCAAGAGGUUGGCCGAGUCAAUCUUCAAGGUGACUGGUUAG